AAACAACUUCCUGCUCGGGACUGAGGAGCCUGCGAGCCCCCUUUUGCUUUUCUUUUUUUGUCAGCUGGUCUCCUCGGCUCCAAACACGUCAAAUACUCACCAAGACAAGUUAACUCAAGGCCGUUAACCACCGUCAGCGGGCUUUAAAAAUGAGCGAACCGAGGAGCCGGACACAGCGGCUCCAAGUUGACCCACUUUAACAAAGAGUCCGCUUGUGUCGCUCCCUCUUGUGAGAAGCCUCAUGAAAGGGAGAGUGUUUUUUAUUGUCCUAGCUCGGUGGCUAACGUUAGCUAUUUGUCUGGUGAGUUACCCGACAUGGCAACCAGAGGGGAGAUGUCUCUCCCGCAGAAGUAUCGUCGUCCGCCGGCCUGCGUGAAGCAGGAGCAGGAUGACGACUCGGACGCGGAGGAGACUCAGCUGGGUCUGCGGAGGUCCGACGGGCUGGAGUCUCAGAUCAUCCACAGCGGACACUUCAUGAUGUCGUCGCCCCACAGCGAGCACCCCCCGAAGAAAGGCUACGACUUCGACACUGUCAACAAACAGACCUGUCAGACCUACCACUUCGGCAAGGCGAGCAUGUCGCACCUGUCCAUCGACGCUUCUCUCACCAAGCUGUUCGAGUGCAUGACUCUGGCGUACAGUGGUAAGCUGGUGUCUCCCAAAUGGAAGAACUUCAAAGGUCUCAAACUGCUUUGGAGAGAUAAGAUCCGCCUCAACAACGCCAUCUGGAGAGCCUGGUACAUGCAGUAUGUGGCGAGAAGAGAAAAUCCUGUCUGUCACUUUGUCACUCCUCUGGACGGGACCAUGGACUUGGACAUCAACCGUCCCGCCGAGGCGAUUGCAGCAGAGGGGAAGUGUUGGAAAAGAAGAAUUGAAAUUGUCAUAAGAGAAUACCACAAGUGGAGGACAUAUUUUAAGAAAAGGUUAAACAAGCACAAGGACGAUGACCUCUCCAGUUUACUAAAGGGACCAGAGGAGCAGUUGUCGCUGUUUGGGGAAGUCUCUCCAGACAUGCUCCGUGUCUCCUUUUAUCAGGAUGAAGACCUGGCCGCACGUCGCCUCCCUCGCAAUCGCAACGAAACGCCCGCCCCCAUGGAGAUGGACCCCCUCUUCGACAUGGACGUGUUGAUGUCCGAGUUCUCGGACACGUUGUUCUCCACGCUGGCGUCGCACCAGCCCAUAGCCUGGCCCAAUCCGAGGGAGAUAGCUCAUGCAGGGAAUGCAGACAUGAUCCAACCAGGACUCAUCCCCUUACAACCCAACCUCGACUUCAUGGACUCCUUCGAUCCGCUUCAAGACUUAUUUCACAGCCUCCGUCAGCCCAUCUUCCCCUUUGUUUCCCCCACUGCCUCAUCUGUCACCCCUCUACCCAGCAGCAGCUCUCAGACUCAGGCCCAGCUAAUCUCCAUGCAGAUCCCAACCAACCACAUCUCCCCUCCCGACCCCCUGCCCAUCCCCUCUCCCAUGGCCGGUCAAACCAGCCAAACAGGAGGUAGUGAUGCUGCCUUUGUACAGAACUUCAUGCCUCUGUUUCCCGAGCAGGUGGCACCCAGUGAAACUGCAGUUUCCUCUCAGCCGCUGUCCCAUGAUCCUCUGGCACAGUGCCUCUCGGGUCAGGACAUGGCCUCAGCAUCACCCAUGGUCCCCUCCCCCUUGGACAGCACCUCAGUGACUGUAGUCCCGCCUGUGAAAGCCUCCUCCGCUGUCACACCCAACAACGCAGCCACCACCUUCAGCUCCGAGUACAGCUCCAUAUCCACUCAAGCUCCGCCUCCUCCUCCUUCUCAGCUCCAGCCCUUGGCUCCUUUAAAUGCUACUCCUGUGCAGCACCCUCAGACUUUUGCCCUGCCGCGCCCUUAUUCAUCCAGUGCCAACAAGUGCCGGCCUGUGCAAAGGAUCGCUCCUGCUAACACACUCCCCGCCUCCCACCUCAUCCUCACAGCCCCUUUCACAGGUCACGCCAAUGCUGUGAUUGUAACACCGACGCCUCUGAAAGCAGAAGGUGUGCAGAACACAGGCGUGGUCAUCACUCCUUCUCAUCUUGCAGGGGCUCCUGGAUUUCACGUCGUGUCCCAGCAGUCCCCCCAGACGAUUGUGCACAAAGAAAAGUCUUAUCCUGCCAGCCGCAAAAAUCAAAAAGCCUCGUCCAGUGUCGUGCACAGACAGCCAGGAUCAGGUCAAGGGUCACCUUGCAGGUUAGACCAAGUCCCCAGUCCCCAGGCUCCGAUCAGCAGCUGCAGUACAGCGCUGGUAAAGAAUGAACACAAUCAGGGUCGGAGGACGACACACAUAUCUGCUGAACAAAAGAGACGAUCAAACAUAAACAUUGGCUUCAAAACGCUCUGCAACCUGGUGCCCACUCUGAAGUCUCAAUCAAAUAUCACUAAUGCAAUCACGUUGCAGAAGACAGUGGAGCACAUCGGGAAGCUGCAGCAGGAGAGGCAGCAGUUACAGGAGGAGGUCAGGAGACUACGAGAGGAGAUAGAGGAACUCAACACCUCCAUAAACUUGAGUCAGGAGCAGCUUCCUGCAACCGGUGUGCCAAUCAGGCGGCAGCGAAUCGACCACAUGCAGGAGAAGUUCAAUGAAUACGUGAAAAACCGAACUCUGCAGAACUGCAACUUCUGGAUUUUCAGCAUCAUCAUCAAGCCGCUCUUCGACUCAUUCAACGGGAUGGUGUCGACUGCGACCCGAGCGGAGCUGUGUCAGACGACGCUGCAGUGGCUCGACCGUCACUGCUCUCUUCCGGUGCUGAGACCCAUGGUGCUGAGUACCCUCCGCCAGCUGAGCACAUCAACAUCCAUCCUCAGCGAUCCGUCCCUGCUGCCUAAAGAAGCCAUCCAAGCUGUCACACACCCGGAUGUGUAGCUCCCCCCCCCCCCCUCAGAGGAAGAGGACAACAUAUUACUACCUUACCUUCUGUUCACUCAGAAGGGUUACCACGUCUUCCACAGAUCCACCUCUUCCCACCUUAAUCUAUACAAAAAUGCGAGUGAGCCCUGGCGCACUUUGACUCUGCGUGGGGAAGCCGGGUAUACGUUUUGAUUUGUUUGGUGACUCGUAGAAAUGAUGCACGUAGGAAGCCUCUUAUCUGACAUCAAGAACAACUUGGCUUUUUUAUCAUUUUACAUGAAUGACGGCAAGUGCUACCGCCUUCACAUACUGUCCGGGAAGAUCUUCUGAAUAUGUCAUCGGACGGUUGAGCCUGUGGUGUGCUUUUCUUUGAACAAAAAUAUAUCUUUGAUUUUACUUUCACAAUGUAAGAACAACUUUGUGUCAAAAGGGAAAUAUUGAGUGCUUGUUCAUUUAGUUUUCUCUCUGAUGUAUGAAGUGUAAGAAGCUUUUUUUUUCACAAGGAAAAUUACAUGAAUGUUGGAUUUCUUUCAGAACUAUAGCUGACAGUAUAGUUUUUUAAAUUUAAAUUUUAAUGUAACUUCCCAGAAAGGUUUCAUAUCAUAAAGUAGCGGGUCGCCUGAAAGAUGAGUAAGUACUUAAAAGAGAAGUGAGAAUCCGUCCCUCAUUUACUCAGGUGAAUGUUAUUUAGCCAGUUAGCCUUUAGCGACCUUUAUGCUACGCUCGCUCGGCCCCUGUUCACACAUGCACUCCUGCAAAUUUCUAGAAAAAUGUCAUCUUCCCCUAGUGGCUCCUUCAAACAUUACGCCUCAGUGGGAGAUUUUCCCUGUGGAGCGAGGGUGGUCUCAGGAGGCUGCAGAAGUCAUAAUGUAAUGUUUACAAAGACGGCAAACAAACAAACGCACAAACUGGUGAGCAGAAGGUGGAGCAUGAAGCCGCCUCGUUAAAUGUUUAAGAGCAGAAUGAAAGGAUCUCGUCUCCGGCUAACUCGCUCGACAGACAGUAUGUCUUGCUGCGUUCACACUUCAGCUCACCCUGACUUCUUGUUUUUAUUUUGACUGAGAGGCAGGCAGGCAGCAGAAAGUCUGCAUGAAGUCAGGGUGAAAAUGUGUCUUGUUUGCGUUCACACAUGCCCCUCAUCCUAAAAACUGUCAGUUUUGUGCACAUACACAUACUUUGGUUUCUACUGGACAGGUCUUAUCAAACUUGAAUGUUACUUUCAGCCCUCUUAGGGAGCAGAACUGAAAGUUCAUUGUCGUAUAAAUAAUAAUGAUACAACUUUACAUUUACAUGUACAGUGUUACGAGGUCGGAGCUGAAUGCACAGCAGCUGUAGGGGUCUUUAAGGGUCUUUGUCGAGCACUCAGGGCUGCGCUGAUCAGCGUAAUCAUUCUCCUUAUUAGCAAAUGGAGUGAGGAUUAUUCUCAGCUUCUCGUCUUCUGUGAGGGUACGGCUUACACCACAUGCUUUUUUUUUUUCUCUUACACUAAUUUAUAAAGUUUGGCAAAGACAGAAAAGAGGCUUCGGUCUACCUUUGUUAGAAGACACGAGACAUAGAAGCAGAACAAAAAGCCAUAUGAGAGGAGCAGCCGUCCAUUCAGUUUCUCACUCUGCUGACUGCUUGAGAAUCCGCCUCCUCAGAAGUAGUCGGCAGUGUUAACAAUCAUCCGCCUUCUAGUGACAUAAAGUGUCCUUACUUGUGAACUCUGCAGGGUGAUCACUCUUUCUGUUUAAGUUUUUUUGUUUUUAAUGAUUAUUUGUGGUUCAGCACUCCUCAGGCAGACAAAGAUUUGGUUAACUGGUGUUUGAACUUUCUUUUUUUUUUCUGCAGAACUACUGAGUUUACUCCCCAAGUUUUACGGUAGCAAAAUGCACCUCCCACAGUUCCUGUUUGAUGAAUGUGCAGCUUUUUCUUGUGUGUGAGGUUUUUUUUUUUUCUAAAGUGGAUCGCAGAUGUCUUUGUAAUAGAAAAUUUUACCUUUUUUUUUUUUUUUUUUUUUUUUUUACAUUUUAGAAAUGUUGUCCAUGUUGAUAUAGAGGCUGCACACUUUGCAUUGAUAUUUUAAAGUGUACAAAAGUGACACUAAUUUUAAAAAAUAGUGUAUUUUUAAGUCGGCUGUGUUAAGAAGCUCAUGUUAUCCAAUGAUUUAUUGAAACUACGAUAACGAAAAAGGACUUCUGAAUGCAGCUAUUAGUGUUAUGACUGUUAAGUUUUCCUUAAUAUCUUCUGUCUGACACAUAUGGGUCAGACAUGAUCAAAACAUGAGUUAACAAAACGACAGAAUUCCCCAUAGUGCCCCCCUGCCCCCUCAGAUCUGCGUUUGCGUCAUGAUGUUAAUGUUUUUGUUUUUCUCUCAUCAUUUAUUUAAAAGUCACACCUGGUUGUAUUUCCAAUUUUCCGUUUGCUGUUUCUGCAAGUUUUAGUUUAUUUUUUUUAAACAGAUGAUGUACAGUAUAACACUGCAGACAGAUUUCGUAUUUUAUUUGUUUUUUGAAGAAGUAAAGAUAUUUUUAUUGCUGCAUCUUUCUCUCUUCCAAAGUUCACAUAUGUCUUCAGGUUUAAGGAUGCCUUCCAAUAAAAACAACAACGAUACAAA